GGCAGCACGUGAUGUGGAGCCUGCCAAGAAGGCCUGGACCAGCUCCCAGCCACCCAGGAGCCCACCAGGAGCACCUGCAGGCUCUGGACAAGAGGAGGACAAGGGUCUAAUGGAUGGCCCAGCCUGGCAGGUGCCAGGUGGGCCUGUGCAGGACCCGAGGCUCUGCGGAGGUAGCUCUAACCCUAACUCUCCUGCUCCCCUAGGCAGAGGCACCCCGAGGGAGGAAGGUACUUUGAGACAGGUCCUUGCUCCUGGGGUGCUGUCUGGGCUGCAGUGGGGGGAGUGGGGGGAAUCCCUCCCAUCCCUCUCACGGCUCGGUCAAGGUCAUCUCCCACCCUGUCCCCUGACCCCCUGCUACGCUAGUGGGUGUGGAGCACGUGACUGCGGGCCCAGACCCCUUAGCCGGACCCCUGCAGCCCCUGCCCACACCCUUCCUCUAGCCGGGCCCAGGAUCAACUGGAACUGACCCCAGGCCAGUGGGCGAGGUCCCUCCAUCCAUAGAGAGCUGCCGCCACAGAGUACCAGCCCACACACGCUGACCAGCUGUCACUCAGCUCCAGGCCGCGCCCCGUCCACCUCAAGGUUCCUGCCCCGGUUCCAACCACUCUUGGCCAGCCCGCACUUGUGCUGUCAAUCAGCGCUCGGCCCCGCCCCCGGGUGCACUUGCGCUGUCAAUCAGCGCUCGGCCCCGCCCCGCACACUUGGCGCUGUCACUCAGCCCGACCGCGCGAGUCUGGGUCCAGCUCGAGGUGGACUCUUCGCCGCUGCUCCGCAACCGACCCCAUGGACACUGCGCUCCUGCUGGCUCUCGGGUUGCUGGCCCAGGGCCUUGGCCCGUCCUGGUGUGCCCCUGAAUUGUGGCGACUCAGUACCCUGUACCCCUGGCACCAGCCCCAUUCUGUGAACCGUGUGCGGCGAGCCUGGGUCAUUCCCCCAAUCAGCGUGUCUGAGAACCACAAGCGGCUCCCAUACCCAUUGGUGCAGAUCAAGUCAGACAAGCAGCCACUGGGCAGUGUCCUGUACAGCAUCCAGGGCCCCGGCGUGGAUGAAGAACCACGGGGCGUGUUCUCUAUUGACAAGUUCACUGGCAAAGUCUUCCUCAAUGCCAUGCUGGACCGUGAGCAGACUGACCGCUUCCGGCUCAAAGCCUUCGCGCUGGACCUGGGCGGGUCCACCUUGGAGGACCCCACAGACCUGGAGAUCGUGGUGGUGGACCAGAACGACAACCGGCCAGCCUUCUUGCAGGACAUGUUCGUGGGCCGGGUGUUGGAGGGCGCCGCCCCAGGCACCUCCGUGACCAGGGCCGAGGCCACCGACGCCGACGACCCCGAGACCGACAAUGCGGCGCUGCGCUUCUCCAUUGUGCAACAGGGCAGCCCUGAGGUGUUCAGCAUUGAUGAGCUCACUGGGGAAAUCCGCACAGUGCAAGUGGGGCUGGACCGUGAGGAGGUGGCCGUGUACAACCUGACCCUGCAGGUAGCAGACAUGUCUGGGGAUGGCCUCACCGCCACUGCCUCGGCCAUCAUCUCACUGGAUGAUGUGAACGACAAUGCGCCGGAGUUCACCAAGGAGGAGUUCUUCAUGGAAGCCACAGAAGCAGUCACGGGUGUGGAUGUGGGGCGGCUGCAGGUGGAAGACAGGGACCUGCCGGGGUCCCCCAACUGGGCGGCCAGGUUCACCAUCCUGGGAGGUGACCCUGAUGGGCAGUUUGCCAUCCGCACGGACCCCAGGACCAAUGAGGGCGUGCUGUCCCUGGUGAAGCCCCUGGACUACGAGAGUCGUGAGCGCUACGAGCUCCAAGUGCUGGUGCAGAACCAGGCCCCGCUGCAGGCAGCCGCGCCACGUGCCGUGCGGGGACAGGCCAGGGUCAGCGUGUGGGUGCAAGACGCCAACGAGGCCCCUGUGUUCCCAGAGAACCCCCUGCGGGUCAGCCUGGCCGAGGGUGCCCCCCCAGGCACCCCGGUGGUCACCUUCGCUGCCCGAGACCCCGACACACAGCAGCUGCAGAUACUGAGCUACUCCAAGGACUACGACCCGGAGGACUGGCUGCAGGUGGACCGCGCCACGGGCCAGGUGCAGACCCAGCGCGUGCUCAGCCCGGCCUCCCCGUUCCUCAAAGACGGCUGGUACCGCGCCAUCAUCCUGGCCCUGGACGACGGUGAGGCGCAGCCCCGCCCGGCCGGGCGCCUCCCCAGGGACAGCGGCCCGAGCCCACCGGCCUCCCUCUCUGCAGCGUCCCCGCCGCGCACGGCCACCGGCACGCUGUCCGUGGAGAUCCUGGAGGUGAACGACCACGCCCCCGCGCUGGCGCCGCCGCCCUCGGGCAGCCUGUGCAGCGAGCCGCACCUGGGCCCCGGCCUCCUCCUGGGCGCCACGGACGAGGACCUGCCCCCGCACGGGGCUCCCUUCCACUUCCUGCUGAGCCCCGGCGCGCCCGAGCUGGGCGCCAACUGGAGCCUCAGCCCGGUCAACGUGAGCCACGCGCGGCUGCGGCCGCGGCAGCCUGUGCCCGAGGGCCUGCACCGUCUGCGCCUGCUGCUCCGGGACUCGGGGCAGCCGCCGCAGCAGCGCGAGCAGCCGCUCAACGUGUCCGUGUGUCGCUGCGGCCCCGACGGCGCCUGCCUGCCCGGGGCGGCCGCGCUGCGCACCGGGGCCGCGGGCGUCGGCCUGGGCGCCCUGCUCGCCGUGCUGGCCAGCGUGGCCGUGCUGCUGCUGCUGGUCCUGCUCGGGGCGCGGCGCGCGCGCUGGCGGCCGUCGGUGCGGGACAAGGCCCUGCUGCACCGGCCGCUGGACGACCUCCGCGACAACGUCCUCAACUAUGACGAGCAGGGCGGCGGGGAGGAGGACCAGGACGCCUACGACAUCAACCAGCUGCGGCCCUCGCUGAGCGUCCCCCUCGGGCUGGGGCGGCCGCCGCUCCGCCGCGACGCCGCCCACGGCCACGCGCCCCCACGGCCACGCCGCCUGCAGCCUGCCGGCCCCGCGGACGUGGCCAGCUUCAUCAGCGAGGGCCUGGCGGCUGCAGACAACGACCCCGGCGUGCCGCCCUACGACACAGCUCUCAUCUACGACUACGAGGGGGCCGGCUCGGCGGCGGGGACACUGAGCUCCAUCGUGUCCAGCGGGGGGGACGAGGACCAGGACUACGACUACCUCCAGGACUGGGGCCCGCGCUUUGCCCGGCUGGCGGACUUGUACGGACGCCCCUGAGGCCUGCC